AUGGGAAAACGACGGUCACAUACCAAAUCGCGUAACGGAUGUAUACAGUGUAAACGCAGGAGGAUCAAGUGCGAUGAAGAAAAGAGUGGCUGUGGUUACUGCAUGCGGAGAGGUACGCGUUGCGUAUUUCCACGUUUCUCGAAAAUAUCUGCGCCUGCUACUCUAUCCCUCCCAGUUACGCCUCAUGCACCGACUAUUAGCGCAUGUUCACCUGGGCUAUCAGAUUGCAGUACUUUACACACAUUCGCCAAGAUAUCGCCCCGAAACUUCGACGAUGGUGGAGAGCUGGAUUCCUUCACCAUGAACGAUCUCAUUCUACUGCAUCACUGGUCUCUCGUCACCAGCCUUACAAUGGUCAAUACACCAGGUGUUGAUCAUAUCUGGCAAACCGUCAUGGUACAGAUUGGAGCUCAACAUCCAUACGUCAUGCAUGGUAUAUUCAGCCUCACAGCGUUACAUCUCGCCUACCUCGACUCAACGAAGAAGCAUACCCUGAUCGCAACAGCUGCCCAACACCACAAUAGGGCCCUUCGCGACUUCCAAACCAAACUUUGCAACAUUAAUGAAGAAGACAGUGAUGCUCUCUUUGCGAGCGCCUCCAUAAAUAUGUUAUACGUUUUCGCCACCUUCGGAAAUCUGUAUUAUGGCGACGCAAACGAGUCCCCAGCCGAUUACCGCUCGCGUAUUCUUGGUGAGGAUUGGAUCCCAUUAAUACGAGGCGUAAAUCGAUUAAUACAGCAAAUUCGUGAAGUCGUUAACGUCGGUCCGCUAAGUUCGUUACUAAGGAUCGGAAACUGGAAUGAACUCGACCCGGAUGCCGUGAGUGUCCCUUACGACGCGGAGCUGCAAUCUCUCAAGUCGAUAUGGGCGGACAGCGCUGACGCGCUCGUGUAUGACGAGUCUUUGUACCUGCUACGCAAGUGCUGGGCUUGGACUACUCUGUUUCAAAGCAUUUCUAAGCACCUCUUUCCAGAUGUUGCUCCACAUCCUGAUUGGGAAUACAAUCGUAGUUGGAGUGGUCCAUUUAUUUGGCUAAGUCUCGCGCCAGAUGAUUUUUUCUUGCGCUUGCAGCAGCGUCACCCAGCUGCGCUGAUUUUGUUUGCUCAUUUUGGCGGGCUGUCUGCGGGGCUCGAAGGAUACUGGUGGAUGGAGGGCUGGGGGAAAAAUAUCGUGGCAGCUGUAAAUGAUAUCUUGGGGAGCUACUGGGACGCCAGGAUCGAGCUGCCAAGGAGACUUGUGGCAAGAACAGGGGAUGAAAUCCCCGGGAAGCUCGGCUAG